AUGCCUGCGCUGAAAGUUAUAGAUUUAAGUUACAACUUCAUAGUGCGCUUGGCCUGGGAUGUUAUUUCUCAGUUAUUGAGUUUGGAAAAACUUAUUUUAUCUGAGAAUCUUAUAACGGUGUCGGAUAAUUUACACAAUAGGCAGUCUUACAAUAGUUGUAGAAAUUCAAGUGUGAAUAUAAUUUCUCCUUUCUCUGUUCAAACUGAUAUCAAUAGAAGUGAAUACCGAUACAACGUUUGUGAUUCAGCAAAUAAUUCAUUCGACGUGAAUAUUUUUGGUAAAUCCAAGCUCGUUACUCUUAGCUUAGAAUGGAAUUGUUUGGCCACUUUAGUAGGAAAUGUUUUCACAAACUCUUCUUCUUCGCUUCAGCAUGUCAGAUUUACUCAUAACCGUAUUCGUGAAAUUGGAAAUAAAGCUUUUGCAAACACAGUAAAUUUAAAACUGUUAGAUUUGUCAUACAACUCGCUGUCAGUUAUAAAUAACUACACGUUCAGAAGUCUUACACAGUUAGUUCUGUUGAACUUGGAACACAACGAACUGGAGUUGAUAGAAGAAGGUGCUUUCCAUAACCUUAACUCUUUACUGUCUCUUGCAAUAGCGUUCAAUAAACUUAAAACAUUCAAUUUCAAUACUUUUCCGCAGGAAAAUUCUUUGAUUGCGUUUUCAGCACAUAAUAACCCCCUUGUUUCGCUGGAAACAACAAUUCAUCUAACACAUUUAACUACUUUAAAUGUCAGUAACAGUCUACUGAUGGCUGGUUUGAAAGUGUUUGAUAGUAUGCCGUCACUUCAUGUGCUAGACGUAUCGAAUACGAGCUUGUGCGAGAUUGGUGUCGAGUCUUUCAGAAACACCAAUCACCUGCAUCACCUCACUUUGGGCAGCAGCUGUCUCAGAGGCUUGGCCUGUUCGCAUUUUGAUAGUUUGAACAGGCUUUUGUUUUUGAGAUUCAGCAUUGAGGAACCUGACGCAAACGCACUGGACACUCACAUCAGCUGGAAGAACUUGACGCUGAUUAAACGGCUUGUUCGAAAAACUUUACCUGGAGUACCUUGUCCUCACUGGACAUCCCAUAUGCCAGGAUCUGCAAAGGGCGCAGAUUAUAGAGAACUUAUUUCUUUCGGACACGUGGAAAUGGGUUAUUUGCUCGUCUUAAUUGGACCUGCCAAGCAUGAUCGUGUCACAAGAUGGCAUGUACAUGGUGGGUGUUUCUUUACAUUACGGCUUCUACCCAGAGGGUUAUUUCUCAAGCGAAAUCACAUAGAAAGUGGUUCUAUCUGGACUAGUCUGAAAUCUGUGUCCCACAUUAAAACACAUGCCGUGUACACCUUCAAUGCUUUCGCAUAGAAUUAUGGAUAACUAGCUGUCAUUCAUAUAGGCAUUAUUUGAAAUACUUUUUUAUGUGCAUCAUGAAAAAUUUAUGAGUGAAAUUUUACGAUGCGUGGGCACCAUGCAACGACAUUUUCACAGGAUGCAAAAAAAAUA